AUAAUAUACGUCAUCAAUACUAAACCUAAAAGUGCGGGUAUAAUAAUAAUCAAUAAGAAAUAAGCUCUAUCAUUGUCUAUGGGAUAAUGAAUUGUCAUAUGUGAGUAUAAAGUUCAGUUCAAUUCAUACAGGCUGAGGUAGUUGUUGGUCGAUGUGUUGUAAUUGUUGGAGAGAGAGAGAGAGAGCAAACAGUAACAGCUAUUGUCUUGCAUACCUUCCUUUAUGAUCUUGAUCCAUUGAUGUGUUGUUGUGGCCAUUCAUUUAUGACCCCUCCGUCCUUUAGCUAGACCAUUCUUCCGUGGUGGACUCGUCACCCAGGCAAAGGGUGGACACACACACAGGCCCCCACUGGUCUCUCUACAGAACACUGUGAGUUAAAAUUUACCGACCCUUCGUUCGGAUUCCGAUCUCCCACUCUGUCUCGUGGGGGAUUCUGAUGCUUACUAGCAUUCCUCCUGGUGCAUCUGAGGGGUGUUUCCCCAGACCCCACUUUUAUCCCCACUCACGGGGUCUCAGGUGUCAAUCAGGUUGGGAUGAUGUAACCCAUCAAACCAACCUACUCUGGUUGCCCCCUGAGGGGUUUCAAUGAAUAGAACAGUACCAAGUAAACAAUCCUUCUCCAAAAGACAAUAGCAGUCAUCAAUGGUUCCGUCCCUCUUUUGUUAGUAGGAGACAUUCCACCUUAGCUGGGCCUCUCUCUCAUUAACUUUCAGGAGCUGUUUAUCAAUAACAACUGUCCUGGCAGCUUUCCUGUGACUCUCUCACUUCCUUGAUAACAGCAUCGGAAUAGUAGCGAUUUGCGAUUCUCCAAAAGGGGGCGCCUGGGUGACUCUGCACCCUUCUGCCCAUCAGAGUUGAUAAUCCUUCGUAACAAUGUAUAGAAUAGGAAUUUCUUGUGUGGAAUAUCUGUUGAAUAUCAUGUGGCUCUGAAUCUUUGGGUUUCGUGUUAGGUGAUGAAGAAAUGUUGGACUAGCCCUGGAGAUGCCGAAGAGACGAGACAUCCUCGCAAUUGUAUUGAUUGUUUUACCAUGGACGCUGCUUAUAACUGUCUGGCACCAGAACACUGUUUCACCACUGCUGACACUGCGAAAAGGUAAAAAUGAUGGGAGUGAGGUUGGCAACCGUCGAGAUUUUGGUCAGUCAUCAGACUCCAAGGAAUAUUGCCCAUCAGAUAAGGAUAUUGUGGAGGUGAUCAGAACAGAGUAUGUUUACACUCGACCUCCUCCAUGGUCAGACAUCCUCCCCACAAUUCACGUCAUCACUCCAACUUACAGUAGGCCUGUACAGAAGGCAGAACUGACGCGAGUCGCUAACACCCUGCUUCAUGUGCCCAACCUCCACUGGAUAGUGGUGGAGGAUUCACAGAGAAGAACCACACUGGUGACCCGACUCCUCAAAGAGACGGGCCUUAACUACACACACUUGAAUGUAGAGACACCGCGCAGUUACAAGCUGAGAGGGGAUAUUCGGGAUCCUAGAUUUCCGCGUGGCACCAUGCAGAGAAACUUGGCACUGAGGUGGUUGCGGGAAAUGUUCAAUUUGAACAACACCCAACAAGGAAUCGUAUAUUUUGCAGAUGAUGACAAUACAUACAGUUUAGAGUUGUUUGAGGAGAUGCGCACUACAAGGAAAGUCUCAGUCUGGCCUGUUGCCUUUGUAGGCGGACUCCGCUACGAAUCUCCAAAAGUAAACGCAGCAGGAAAGGUUUAUGGAUGGAAAACAGUGUUUGAUCCGCAUAGACCCUUUGCCAUAGACAUGGCAGGGUUUGCAAUAAAUCUCCGAUUAAUUCUGCAGAGACCUCAAGCUUACUUUAAGCUGCGUGGAGUCAAGGGAGGUUAUCAAGAAAGUAGUCUCCUUCGAGAGUUGGUGACACUCAAUGACCUGGAACCUAAAGCAGCCAAUUGCACUAAGGUAGCUCUUUUUGUAUAAGUCCCAAUCUUGAUAACAAAAGGAGCACUAUAUGAUGCAAUAUUCACAUCCAUGAGGUAUUACUAUAUGGCCAAAUGCUUUCUUCU